CUUCGUCUUCUGCAGACUUAGAACUUGGCCUUGAGCUCUAGGUCUGCAUCCACGUUUCCGUCUUCGAAAUCUGCUUUGACAAAAAAGGCAGAUGACUAUGUCACCUAAAAUGGCUCUGUUGAGCGUUCUGGUGACCACACUGAUGCUUAUGUGCAUCCAGCCGAGUCGUGUGAAUGCACAAGGUGCACUUUACAACGCGACUACUUGGACCAAUGCGACUGCCACGUUCUAUGGUGGAGACGAUGGAGCUGGGACAAUGGGAGGAGCUUGUGGUUAUGGAAACAUGUUCACAAGAGGAUACGGACUAGAAACGGCUGCUCUAAGCACAGUUCUAUUCAACAAUGGGUUAACUUGCGGAGCAUGCUUUAUGCUGAAGUGCAGGUUGAAUGAGUCAAGAUGGUGCUACUCCAACGUAAGCUCCAUCACAAUAAGUGCCACCAAUUUUUGUCCUCCCAACCUAAACAGGACAACUGAUGGCUGGUGCAAUCUGCCAAGAUCUCACUUCGACCUGUCCGUCAAAAUGUUCACAACACUUGCCCGAGCAGUUGGAGGCAUCAUCCCAGUUCUGUACAAAAGAGUGCCAUGUGUAAAGACAGGAGGAGUUCGAUUCACGCUGAAUGGAAACCCAUGGUUUAACCUUGUGCUCAUUAGCAACGUGGGAGGGCAGGGGAAUGUGGUGGCUGCUCAGAUGAAAGGCUCUAAAACUGCCUGGUUCAACAUGAGGCAGAACUGGGGUCAAAACUGGGAGCUCGGUCAGAAGUUGAUCAACCAGACCCUCUCAUUCCGACUCACGUUAGGCCUGGGACAAACUUUGACCUUCAACAAUCUGACAACGCCCGAUUGGAAAUUUGGGCAGACGUGGGAAGCAGAUACGAAUUUCCCCGCCUCCAUCAGUAGGUAGAAACCACCGAUAAGCUGACGAGUUUGAGUCUUGUGAUCCAGUGGGAAAACAAGUCGAAUUCACACGUAGCACGGUCACCGGUCACGGUUUCUGGCACCAGUAAACACCAGGAAUUUUACUGCAAGACUAGAGUGAACAAGCAUUCUUGCAUCAUCAUCGUUCUGAGUCGAUUGGAAGGUCAUUAGACUACCUAAAGUCAGCAGAUGGUGGCAAGUACGCCCAUAUAGGUAAUUCAGCUGGUUUAGAUUUGAAUUAUGCAUCUUAGCAUGGUGUUAUAAUCGUGGUAGAAAGGCCAGCAAAAGCCUUCAACCCAAUCAUUGGGUCCAUAUACCUGAAACUUCGCUGAAGAAAUCAUUCUUAUGUAGAGUUUAGAGGUACAUGCUAGACAUCAAUUAGUUCGGAACAUACCAAGUCACUUCGCAGGACGUACAAAAUCAUCUAAUGAUCUGAUUUUGAGGCCCAUGUCGUCUAUGUACACAUUCUUAGAUGAGAGUACAACUUAAAACUCAUUAGCUUGACGCCAUGGCUUACGAAUCCGGGGUAUCAAAGAGCGUCAUGCUCCACACGGGUAGAAGUCUUGGGCCAACAUUGUAAAUUCAAGGUGCUUGAAUGCAGCAUCAGUUUCCUUGUCUAUAGAAGAAUUAAACUUGAUUCUGAGUUUUUUCCUUCCGAG